AUGAUAAAUGCACAUAAUGUUGUUCGAAUUCUUUCGAAUUUAGUUUCAAAGCGAUUACCCUCUAGUGAAUUAACUACAUUUUCUGCUAAAGAUGAAGAAGUAGCAGAACGACUUUUCGAUAAUAUUAACACAAUUAUGAAUAGUACGACAUAUCAUUUUGAAAACGAAAGUACUCUUGACUAUGAUGUUAAUCUUGACUCGGACGCAGAAGAGUCCGAUGCAGAUAGUGAUGAAACUACUAUGAGUGAAUUAGACAAGACCGAUUAUACAAUUAAUAACAGUGAUAAAAGAAAUACUCUAUUAAAUCAGUAUUCUUUAGAAUAUAUGGAUAAGGCAGUGCAGUUUUAUGAUGAAAAAAAUAGUAAAACUGGUAAAAGAAAACAUUCUUGGAACAUGUUCCACCGCUACUUCAGGAGAGUUCCUAACAGAGGCUAUAUUAAACAUUUUCGAAAAUACUUGGCAUCGGGAGGUACGAAAAGAUAUUAA